GGAAUGGUAUUAAAGAAAUCAGUAAUGGUUUAAAUACCACAGUCGAAACUUGUAUAAGACCAGUGUCACGGAGGAGUGUCUAACAGCCACGCCGGUUGUGGCUGAACCCUCUAAUUUAACAACAAUACAAUUAAAAAAAUAAUAAUUCAAUAUUACAUAACAUUGAAAUAAUUGACCAUAUUGUGAUUAAUAUUUAGUGAUUUAAAUUAUAUUAAUUACUAAAUUUAUUAUCGUAAUAAAAAAAUUAAAAAUUAUAAAAAGUUUUUCUUUUUUUAAUUUAUUUUAUCAAUAAUAGUGUUAAUUAUUUUAUUAAAAAAAUAGAAUAAUGAAGCCACCAACUUAUAACAAUGAAGAUAAUCAACAAAUUAGUCAAGAACAGGGUGAAAGAAAUGUUGCUAAUGCUGUUUGUGUACAAUUAGCUGGUAGAGCUAUCAUAAGAGUUGUUUCACGUUGUGAAGAAGCACAAGAUAAUUGCAAUUUAGAUUUGUCAGACUGCCAAUUGAUGCAAGUACCAGAUGCAGUUUAUCAUCUAAUGCGACACACAGAUUUGAAUAGUUGUGAUUUGUCUAACAAUGUCAUUACCAAAAUUCCACCAAAACUUGCCAUCAAAUUUUCCACCAUAACUGAACUGAAUUUAAGCCACAACCGACUGAGCAAACUACCUGAAGAAUUAGUGGAACUUCAGGAUCUUGAAAGACUUGAUAUUUCACACAAUUCAUUUAUAGUACUUCCUUCUGUCACAUGUCAAAUACCACAAUUGAGAAGACUCUAUGCAAAUGACAAUUCUAUUAUUGAAAUUGAUGUAGAACAGAUUAAAUGUUCUCCAGCACUUGAAUUUAUUGAUUUACGUGGUAACACAAUACCACCAAGAACACAUGCACUUCUUCUUGAAGAUUGUGGUAAAACAAAAAUUGAAUUAACACCAAGACACGUUGAAGAUUGGGAAGAUCUUAAUGUUUAAAAUUUAUGAUGAUCAUGUCAUCAAAAUUGAUUGCAUCUAAAAGUUGAAAUUUUUUUUUGUUCAAUAUAUUUAAUUCUCAAUGAUAGUUUAAACGAAAACAAAUUUAUAUUACUUACGUAAUUAAUUUUCUUCAAUAGAAUAUUUUGUAAUAAUUUUUAGAGUUGAUAAUUUUCAUGACAAUAUGUAGAUAUGUAUAGCAAGAUAAAAUUUAAAAAUUUCUCCAUGGUUAUUUACAAGAAAUUGUCUGAUUUCCAAAGAGAUCCUUCACCAGUAGAUAAACAAAAAAAUAGAACUGUAUACUUAUCGUUUACAAAGCCACAAACUUAUCAGUUAAAUGUAGACAAAAAUUAUUAUUUUUUUUCGAUUCAUGACUAGUCAUAUAACAAGCACAAAGUGUCUUACUACUUUAAUCUUAAAAUAAUCCUUAAUUAAUUUGUGAUACAAGUGCGUUGUUUAGAUAAUUUUAUAAUACAAAGAUGACAAGCAAAAUGAUGAUGAUGAUCUGAGUAUGAUUGCCAUCAAUACUUUGGUCUUAAUUAUUAUUCGCUUAUAUUCAUCAAAUAUAAAUUUUUUUUCUAACAGUGUUUAAUUUUUUUCUAAUACACGGUUGUAAGUAAAAUGAAUGAAUGAAUUUAUAUUGAAAAAAAAUUGAUUAACUAUUGGAAUAAACAAAUGAUAAUUAUUGUUGAUUUAUAAAUUAAAUUGUUAUUGAUAAAUGUACAAGUAGUAUUUUAUAUUUUCAAGAUGACAGCUGUCUUUUUUUUUUUUUUCUAGCUUCAAAGAAAUAAAAUAAAUUUUUUAAUUGACACAUUAAUCAUUAAAGUCUAGCUCAAAUAAUUAUUGACUUAUUAUUACCAAAGUAACAAAUAUUUGUUAUAUGUAAAUUAAAAUAAAUAAAUAAAUUAGCAAUAUUUUCUAAAAACAAAAACAAAUUUUCUUGUGGUUUAAGAGUAAAAUGAUCUUUUCCAUCAGCUUGAAGAAAUAAAAUACAUUGCUCAUAUCAUAUUUUAAAUUGAUAAAAAUAAAAAUUAGAUAAACAUGUUUUUACUGUAAAUAUUUUACAAUAAUUCAAGUUGAAUAUAAAUAAAGAAAUUUGUAAAAAAAAAAAAAUUCACCAAUGAUAAAAUAAUUAUUGUAAAAUUAAAAAAUUAUACUUUCAAUUUUUUUUUAUUUUUAAUUUUUAAUAACUUGUCUGAAUGUAAAAAAAAAAACAAAAAAAUAACUAAUUUUUUACAAAAUUUAUAUAUUGCUAUAUAAUCAAUGAUAAAUAAAAACAAAUAUAAUAUUAAUGUGUAUUUUUUUUUUGUUGUUAACUAUUAAAUUACGAGCCAAUGUGUAAAUUAAUAUUUUCAUCUAUUAAAAAGCCUUAUUAAUGAGUACAAAAAAUAGCCUAAUAAAAAAUUCUAAAAAUUAUUUAUAAGCCGUUUUUAAUGUUGCAAAAAAAAAAUUAAUAUAAAAUAAUGGGUGUAAUUGGAUAUUAUUAUAAUAUUUUUUUUUUUACAAUAUUCAACUAAUAAUUUACAAUAAAUUUUAAACUGCUGUAUUUAUUUAGUUGACGUACAUUGUAUAAUACACUUUUGAUGCAUUUUUAUUAAUAAUGCACUUGAAACUAGACAAUAUUAUUAGUAUAAUAUUUAAAAAAAAAAAAAUAAAGUAUAAUUUAUUUACAUAGAAUGUCUCACAUUAAAAUCUCAAAAGAUUACACGACUAAUUGAUCAUCAGCACAUUACCAUUUAUUUUAUUGUGACUUAUUUAAUAUUUAGCUCAAAGUCAACUAUAACUGAAUCAAUAAUUAAAGAGUAAAAUUAAAAAUCAAUUUUAUUAGUUAUAUAUUUUUAAAUAUAAAAGAGAGUGGCCAUUAAAUUGAUAAAUUAAUCAUUUUUUAUUUGUUCAAACUUCUCUCUUUUAUUUAUACUGUUUUUAUAUUUAUUUUUUUUUUAUUUUUUUACCAAUAAUCUCUCAGUAAGUAUAGAUCUAUUUUUGAGCACAUUUAAUCAAAUUAUCUCAAAUUUAUUACAAAAAAUAGUAAUCUUAUAAGCGUGUGAGUUAAUGAUUUAUAUUUAUUUUACUUUUGUUUUUCAAUAAGUGCAAGAUCACUUACACUUUAUUGAGAGUUAAUGUUUUUACUUUUUUUUGCAGUCAUAUAAUUAUCUAUUGCGUAUUAAUUACAUACACGUUUCAUCACUUGUGGUAUUUAAACAAUAGAUACAACAUUAUAAAUGACAAAAUUAAAUAAAAAAUAAAGAGUAUAUCCUACAUAAUAUUUAUGAAUGUAAUCGACAGAUUGCACAAACAGGGAGUUUGAUUAUACUGAUCAAAAUCAGAGUCUAUUAAUGUUCUAAAUCUGAUUAUUUUAAAAAAAAAAAAAACACA